AUGGCCGGUCGCCAAAAGGAGUUGAUCAUCGAUGAGGUCCAUCAGAACCAGAUCCUGCGCGAAUUGUACCUCAAAGAGCUUAGAACCCAGAAACUCUACACAGAGUACCGCGUGAAUCCCCUCCGCAAGGUUCACACAAUCACCAGAAAGCCCAUGUCUUGGCAUGAUAACCUGGAGGAACCUGAAGAUGCCAGGUUUCUAAAUCUUCUUCACCAUGCUGCCCUGGGGCCAAGGAAGAAAUACCCAGAGACACAGACUGAAAGCCAAGAGAUCGGAUGGGACUCAGAGCCCUUGGUCAGCCCGGAACGUGGUGACCGCAGGCUGAACCACUUCAGGGUCUACAAUGACAUCACUCUGUACAAGGCUAAAAUGUGGAGCCUGGGAGAGGAUGAUCGCCACAAGUAG